CCCGGAGUUGUCCGUCCCUCUUGAUCGUCAUUGCGCGACCUGGAAGUGGGGAGUUCAAACGUUCAAGACUGCAGUCUCCACGACCAUGUCUGCCAAGUCCAUAUUUCAAGAAGAGAAAAAUCCACGGGGGAUCCCAAAAGCUCCAUUCAUCGCAAAUGUCGAAGAAUAUCUGGGCGGCCCAGAUGGCGCGGUCGAGGCUCCCCUGAAAAAUUUCCAGGAUGCUAUCGCGAAGUACCGACAUAUGGAUGCCAACCUAACACAACGACGAAAAGGUCUUGAAGACAAGAUCCCUGACAUCAGAAAGACAUUACAUAUGGUGGAGUUCUUGCAAGAAAGAAGAGAAGGCAAGAACAAGAAUGACGAUCUGGAGGAUGAUCUCAGCGACGAGGAGAACUCCGACGAUCUCAAAAAGCCGCUUACCACAACGUUCGAACUAAAUGACACGCUUUUCGCAGAAGCAGAGCUCGAGGACACUGAUACCGUUUAUCUAUGGCUAGGGGCGAACGUUAUGCUAUCGUACAAGUUGGAAGAGGCUGCAUCGCUCCUACGAUCCAAACUGGAUCUUGCAGAGGCCAGCUUAAAAGCUACGAUCGAAGACUUGGAGUUUUUACGAGAGCAGUUGACGGUGAUGGAAGUCAACACUGCUAGAGUCUAUAAUUGGGAUGUUAAGCGGAGAAGAGAGCGUCGACUAGCCGGAGAAGCUGAUGGAAAGAAGGGCAGCUAGGAUUUGUUAUCGCCUACACUUGUUAAUUUUUCGGUUACCCUUUAGCGCUCUGACGUCAACUUUACUUUAUGUACUCAUACGAGCUCAGCGGCGCUCGUUCACUCCCAUCUCGAGCUUUUGAUGACCUUUUCAACUUGUCGCUGUGGGGUAUUGGCAUUCCCGCUACCUGGGAUUGUUGUGCAAGACCGACUGUUGUGUCUGCACCAUCGCUAGGGCUACCCUCUUGGACAUCUCGCAUUGACUACUCAUCGAUGCAUCUUGAAGCAUCUUGAAGCCAGGGUAGCAUAAGCAUGCGA